CCCCCGCAGGCAGACGGGGAUGGGGCUGGGGGGCAGCAUGGCUCGUGUGGGCAGCAUGGUGGCCCCCCUGGUGCGGAUGGGGGCCGACGUGGCCCCCCUGCUGCCCCCCCUGGUCUAUGGGGCGGCCCCCGUCGUGGCGGCCAUCGCUGCCCUUUUCCUCCCCGAAACGCGCAACGCUCCGCUGCCCGAAACCGUGGAGGACGUGGAGAGGCGCGGGGGCCACCUGAAGGACGAUGAGGUCACCGUGCCGCUGAGCGUCAUCAGGACCCAGGACAGCGCCUGAGGGGUCACUUCCGGGGUCACUUUGGGGUCAUGACCCCGGAAGUACCCCCCACUGCCCCCCCGCCAACCCCAAAUCCUAUUUAUUUCCCCCAAUAAAAGCUCUGCCCCGGUUGGGGCGGUUUUGGCCCCGGGUUUCAUUCAUCCCCCACAGAGGGAAAAGGGUUGAGAUGGAAAAAACACCAAAAUGGGGGUUUUUAGCCCCAAAAAGAGGGCGGGACAAAACCGACGUCAGCGCCCGGAGAAACCACGGGGAAAAAUGAACCCAAAAAGGGCUUUUUCACCCCAAAAACGAGUGCAGAAAACCUACAGUUUCAGCCCGGAAGUAAAACCCUAAAAA